AUGUGUAUUGCAGAUAUUCAAAGGAUGAUAGAAUUGAUUGAGCAUAUGCAGAAGACUGGAGAAUUAAAUAGUCCUAAACUUGCGAUCUUACAAAAUAUUUUGCGGUCUGAAUUUUUUGCCUCAGUUCGAGAAGUUUUCGAGAAUGUUUACGAAACAGUUAGUGCUGAUCGUUGUCGUGAGAUAGGUAUGAAUGCCACUGCAAAAGCAACAGUGGCUGCUUUUGCAGCUGCGGAAGGACAUGCGCAUCCACGAAUAGUUGAACUGCCAAAAACAGACCAAGGUCUUGGAUUCAAUGUAAUGGGUGGAAAAGAACAAAAUUCUCCUAUUUAUAUAUCGCGCGUUAUACCAGGAGGUGUUGCUGACAGAAAUGGUCAAUUAAAGCGUGGCGAUCAAUUAAUUGCGGCUAAUGAUCCCGUUGCGGAAGUGAAUGGAGUUAGUGUUGAAUGGGAAAGUCACGAAAAAGCUGUAGAACUGCUGAAAUCUGCUCGCGGUACGGUGAGGUUGGUCGUUCGGUAUACUCCGCGGUUGCUGGAUGAAAUGGAGCGACGUUUUGAGAGGCAGCGACGCAGAGCAAAUCAGAACAGCCCAGCUCCUGUUUUCAAGCGAUAA